AUGCCGAGAGCUUUCCUGGUCAAGAGGAGGACCCCACCGCCCGCUAUCCGGAGCUGGGACGAACUCCCCGACGAGGAGCGAGCAGACACCUACAUCCCAGGUAAAUAUCUCCCUAAAUGGGGUCUAUUCACUAAACUCCGAAUGUUAGCGGAUUGAAAAAACGAAUUUAAAUGUUUAGGCUAAAAGUGCCGAUUUAAUAAAAGAAGGAAAAAAAAACCUAACUUGACCAUUCUAGUCUAAAUUAAUUUAAAUUCUCUUAAAGUAAGGAAUAUAGUGAAUCAAUCAGAACUACCAUCUUUUUAACGUUAUUGUCAUUAUAUGCUUGGACGAUCCGGAUACAGUUUUGUAAUUUGUUUAGUAAUUUAAAAAAAAUAUAUAUACUAAUAAUUGGAGUUCCUUGUUUUAAUCAGAUUUACCGUUUGUUUUUUGAGGCUUUUAAAAAAUAUAUAUAUAUUUUUUAAAACCGUAUUCAAAUGAAAAAAUAACCUCACAAUAUACACUUGAAUGAUCCUGUUAAAAUACUGUCCUUGAAAUACUUUUAAUGGAUUUAGUUUGAUUGGGCUCCGUGUAAUAGCGGGGCACUAGUACAAGUAUUCCAACCAGUUAUGGAGGCAGUCAAUCAUUCCUCUACCAUAAAGUUGAAGCUCAGUGAGAGAGAAGGGCCAGAGAGUGGAAUGUACUUGCUAGAUACUUUUCCGACGUUCUAGAACCGCUGCAGGGAGUAGAUAGGUAAAGGUGUAUGUGAAACAUUUGUAUUUGUUUAAAUCAUGUGAGCAGUCUAAAUUUCAUGCCUCUCCCCCUCCCCCUCUCUAGAGAAAUCAUAUUCUUCAAGAUCCCUCGAUGAUUUCCCUUCUACAGCAAGUCUAUGCUACAUAUUGUAGGGCAGCACUUUUCCUGUAUAACUGUAAUUCUGUCAACCUUACAUUUUUAACAUAAUUACUGACAAACCCCAUAAAUGAAGGGGUCCAAUGACCUGCUCAUAGCCCCUGAUCAGCCUAUCAGGGAGGAUGGUAGAGAGGUGGACUUUGGGGAUGAUAAAUAGUCAGUUCUGAGAAGUCUAUAUUUACAGUACAGUUACUGAUCUCCCCAUCUAACGGAUCCCUCCACGCCAUCACUUUAGCUGCUAACUACCUCUGUGUGUGUGUGUUUGCUUUGUGCCAUUGACUUGUUAAUGAGGGCCUUACACAGAGACUACACCCUCAGUUCAAACACUAGGAGAAUGAAAAUCCCUCACCUGCUCCACCUCCCCCCUCCCUUUCUUCUACCCCUCCCUUUCUAACGAUUGUUGCUUCUGGGGAAAAGAGCUCAGUUCUACAUAUUUGCCUUUCAUUUAAAAAAAAAAAAAAAAAGUCACUUUAUCUAACUGUUAGCUGCAGGUGAUGCUAUGCCUUUGUGUUGCUUAUCUUCUCACCUCCUCCCUACCUUUUGUGUCCAGACAGCAUAGACUGCAUCUUAAAAUAUGUCACAGAAGAUAGCUGGAGUAACAGCAGCAGUGCCAGUGACAAUGCAGAAAACAGCCCUGAAAGAAGGGGCAGUGAAUCCAGCUUUACCACCCUCCCUGAAAGCACUGACCACCAGACCACCGAUGGCCUAUCACCACUUGCAGAUCAAAAGACCAGAGAAUCUGAUCAGGAAGAGCAACCUCUGGAUCUUAAAGACAAAAGGUCACCCACAAGAUCCAAAAUAAAGGUAACAAAAAAGAGGAUUGUUAUUUUUUUUUCUUUAAUUUUAACCCUGUACUUUCAACUUUCGCUGUGAUGUAAAUGAAACCUUAAUGUCCCAGAAUGCAAGUUUAUAGUAACUAUGGAUGUUACUUGUAAAGAGCAAUUGUGCUGUAAAGUUCUAAAAGUCCCCAUGAAUUAUUCUUAUUUCUGGGAAUAUAUGGGUGCAUUACUGUAUGUAUGGUUGGCAGUCUGUACUUGGGCACUAAUAAAGGUCUCCGCUUAAAAAGGCCCAAUGCGGACUGCUAGCAAUGUAUAAAGGUUUAUAAGAAUGUCUGACUCUGCGCUGCGACGCAGGUAUAUUUAACCUGUAAAAAAAAAAUAUAUAUAUUUUGAAAUAAAGAAUUUUUUUUUUUUUUUUCAAUCAAAAAAAUUAGAUAAAUGGGAAGUAACAUUCCAUUUGUUUCCAUGGUAACUGCUCUACUUUUUAGAACAUUACAACACAAUUGCUCCUUAUAAAUAGCUCUCUGUGUCCAUAUAAUGGAUAUCCCUGCCAACAUGUAAUUCUGAUAAGGAUUACAACUCCAAUAAUGUACAGCCCUUUUAAAGGAAACCCUGUGUUGGGAGUUGCAGUUUCCUGAUAUAGGUAUUUCUUUUCAAGUAUGUGUGUCAAGACAGGUUUGUUAACUAAAAUGUAUUUCAAUUGUAGUAGAUUACUUUCAUUUUUCUUUUUUUUUUCUUUCUAUUAUGCUUUAAAUAAUUUCAAUCCACGUAGUCUGACUGUGUCCUUGGGGAUAGCAACAAUAAAACAAUUUUUUUUUUUUUUUUUAAUUGUAGAAUGGACUCAGAUUAUUAAGGAGUCUUUAAUUAUGAACAGAGCGGAAUGAUUCAGUUUGCCUGUGCUUUGGUCUAUACUGUUAUUAUAUCCUGCAUUUUAAUGCUUAUCAUAGCGUGUAUCUGAAAAACAAAUACACAUUUUAUUUGCUACAGAUCACAUUUUGUUUUCUCAGAACUCGGUAAGAAUAUUGGAUUCAAUGCUAGCGCUGUAGCUUCCAUUCACUGUGUUGCGUUAUUACAGUACAUAUUUCUGUAAACAAAUUCUUAGCUGUUGAUCAUAUGCGGCGAUAUUUGUGGGGAUACUCUAUGGGAAAUUCACAAAUCAGAGAAUGGUUUUUUUUAAGGGACCACUCCAAGCAGCGUAAAAACUCCACUGUGCUGUAGUGGUUAUGGUAUCAGGAGUGCCCUAGCACCCUCCCAAUGUAAAUAGUCAAACCGUUGCUAAUGGUUUGACUUUUAACUCUGAUCCAUCAGGCGCUGUUGACAUCUAUCAGAGAGAGCCAAAACGUCUUGCAUGGGACUUCACUGUAGUGGUUAUGGUACUUGGAGUGUACCCUUUUUAAUACCUUUUUUAUUUAUUUAUUUAUUUAUUUUUUUGCAUCUAUAAUUUCUGCAUAUUUUUUUCAGUUUGAAUUGAUAUUUAUAAUAACCGAGUACAACGUGCUUGCUAGCUUUAGAGAAUUAUAAGGAAUAGAAAAAUGAAAGGUGUGUGUGUGUGUGUGUGUGUGUACUGCACAAUUAGCAAAUAUCUGACCCCUGUCAAUGCAUUUGCAGUAUGCAUAGUGAUAAGUUGGGCCAAGAAAUAAUAUAAAUUGAUCUGUGUUAACAAUGUGUAUCAAAGGGUACAGGACAAAAAAUUGAAAGCUUACUGUUUUUAAAUUCACACAUUACAAAACAAGCAAGUCAUGCUUACUUUAAUGAUAAUUUUAUUAUUCUACAGCUUUACAUUAGUAUCUGGGAUUUAAAUAUUUAUUGUUCUUUAAAAAAGUGCAUUUUCUUAUCUCGAAAAUGAAUUAAUUUGUGUUUUUAAAACUUGGACAGUUUCCCUAUGUGGCAUCAAAAUGCUACUUUGUAGCAAUUUGUAACUUGGCUUUUUCAGAAAAUAAAUGUAGAAAAUAUUUUUUUCCCGAUCUCCUAGCAGGAAAUGACACUUAUUUUUAAAGGGAGACUUCCCCCUUUUUAAAACCAUUUCUGUCCUUGAUCCUUUGAUCAUGUUAGCAGGUUUUCUUUUAACCUUUCUAAUUACAAAUUAGCAAUCAGGAUGAAGGAAACAGUGUGGAAAGAUAAGACAAUUGAAGUUCAGGGUAACUAUUGGUCCAUGAAUUACUUAUAGAUCAAUACCUGAAUGAUCACACACACUCCAAUUUAAAAUUAACCAGAUGUUAUUUUAAUUGUAUGUAAUCAGAUAAAGCCUAAAUAGAUUUGAAAACGGAAUCGUGUAUAUAAUGAGUGCACAACAUAUAUAUUUAGUGCAAAAUAAUUUGGUUAUGUGUUUGUAUUUUGGACUUAUUAGCAUGAUUUGCAUUGCAUUAUGGGAGAGCUGAGAUCCACACUCAUUCAUUCACGGAUGCCUUGUAUAGAACCAACUUUUAUAUAUAUAAUUGUUUGGCUUAUGGUAUGGGGAUUCAGCAUUGCAAUAUAUGAUAUAUUUUUCCCUAUUUCAGUAGAGGUUUUUAGUUUUUUGGUAUCACCACAGUUUUAAUACCAAUUAUUAAAAUGUUUAAUGUGAUUUUAAAAUACAACUCUCUUAUAAAUUUACUGCACUUGCUUUUCUAUUUGUAAAUCUAUCUUUAAAAAGUUCAGUGUUCCCACCAUAUAGCAUAAGUACAGAUACUGCUAUAAUGUAUCAUAAAAUUGGUUAAUUUGUAUUCAGUUUUAAAGCCUUUUGGUAAUUUUCCAAUCCGGGGUCCAUGAAUAAUCAGAACAAAUAUUGGUAAAUGUAUAGUCCUGUUAGUUUUCCACGACAGAGCCUGACUCACGAGCUGGUACGGAUUGUUGCCUUGUGUUUGCAGAGUACCAUGUGAUAAGUUUCUAUUUAUUUUUUUUAUGGCACAUGUAGUUAUGAAAAUAGAUUUUGUAUGAAUAGUUUUGCACGUUAACAACUUCCUUUUGUUUUUCUUUCAUGAACGUAAAACAAAAGCUGAAAUAAUAGUAUUUAUUUAUUAAACUGUGAAUUGGACGCUGAAUUGCAAAAUUUAGACUAAUUUAGUUGAUUUUUAGAGGAAGUCUAGAUUUAAAAUAUAUAUAUAAUUUUUUUAUUUUUUUUCCUUCAUGUGUCAAUUUCACAUAUUGAAAUACAUGAAGGUAAAAUUGUUUUAAUUAAAUUCAUUAUUAUAUUGUAAUAUUAUCUAACACAGGCAGCCCUGUCUAGUAUUGAUAACUGUCUUAAUUGCUCUGAAUGCUGAAUAUUUAUGAGGAACUUUUUGGUUUUAAAAGUUAAUCUAAAAUUGUUGGCCAAAAUAGCUAGAUUUGAAGAAAAUCUGAAAUUCACUUUGAAUUCCUGAUAUUUCACUGUUUAGUAAAUAACCACGUAAGCUUAGAAAUAUCAAAAAUGGUUAUUUAGCUUUGCAUUUGCCAGACAACAUAUGGAAAACACAAUGGAUAGAUUCUGUUUUGUGUUUUUUGUUUGUUUUUAUGGGUGGGGGGUUGUGGUGGGUGUGGUUUUUUUGUGUGUGUGAUUGUGUUUGUGUGUGUGUGUGUGUGUGUGUGUUUGUUUAGACUAAAACAGGGUUACUUAGACAAAGCUUGAUCACACAUAAUGUAGCUGCCUAUGGCCAGGGGCUCAGUCAGGGCCAGCAAUCUGGUACAGCAGUAGAGGUGAGGCUCACAUAACAAUGGAUCAGCACACUGUAUUAAGGGUUUCUGCCAAGCCAGCCAACCUGCACCCACCCCAUAUUUUGGAGUGAGCACUGGUGGUUAUGUGAUCAUCAUCAUCAUCAUCAUGCAUAUUAUAUUCUCUGCAUAUUGUGAGAUGUACAGGAAGUCUAUUGUCCAAACAUCAGAGAGGUAAUUUAGUGUGCAUAAUGUGACUGGGCACUUGUCUCAGCCAUAGGAAGGGACCCAAAACUGAUAACCUGCCUAUGGCUCUGGAUGAUAUUUGUGCAUUUCUGUUUAGCAUGGCAGAAUCCCACCAAGUAAGUAUUUAUGCAGAUAUUAUCAAUCUUAGACCAUUAUUAAAUCACUAGGACUAGUGAUAUCAUCAUAAUAAUCUGGAUGUGGAUUCUACUCAGGCCAAGCUCUAUUUAGAAGAUAGUCGUGUGCUGAGGGCUCUAUCCUCUAAAUAUUGGUCCAAUGCACAAGGUAAUUUCCUACGGCACCGGCUCCGAAACUUUAGCAUAUUUUAAUCAGACUCUGCUCUAGUCAUAUAACACGACAGCAGAACUGCUUAUGGUAAAGAAUAGUACGUUACACUUUGUGUAAGUUCAUUAGGGACCAGAUUGUGACAAUGGCACAGUUUAUGUGUUUUAGGAAGAUCAUAUGUUAACCACAUCCAGAAGAAUUAAGUAAUGUAGUUGUCAAAAAAAUAACAUCUCUGGCCACAUGUCUGAUAUUUUACAAGGUUUGUAAUGUGUUAAACCAGGGAUUAGGCACAAUAUAGAGUUCCACUCCAGAACCGUACACUCCAUUCUAACACGGCCAAUAAUGAUUGCAAUAAUCAGAGCAGUUUGUUGACCUUCCUUCUUGAGCUGUAUGUAGAGUUCCCAUCCUGAAUGAUGGCAGCGUAGGUGGAUCUCCCCUGUUAUUGUUGAGUCCUGCAUGUUCCCAGCCUGUAGAUAUAGUACAUGGAAACAGCUGUGCCCUCUUGGUAAACGGCUGUAUGGUUUGGGCAUCUGUAAGUUCUUUUUAGAAAAGGGAGACUACUUGUCAUUGUCAUUUUUCUGCCCCAAUUGCUAACAGUAUAUUAAUAACAUAGUCUUAAUAAGGAAUAGGGACACAUUUUGUCUCCUUGCCUUUAGCACAUCUACAGUCAUUCUUGGAAUGCUGUCAUAGAAGUCUUGAGCUGUGUGUAGUGGUAUAUGUGAAAGAAAGUAAGAGUCCAGUUGGGGAACUCGCUAAGAGCAAGGCAAGGAUUUCCAGGCUAGCAGGUGUAGAAAAACUCCAUUAUUUGGGCGGACAACAAACCGUGAAACAAGUCCCCAUCUUUGUCUGAUUAGUUUCAUUUACUUAGUGGACAAAGUCAUAGACUGUAGAGAGUACCAUCCUUUAUGGACACCAUUACUGUCUUUGAGAAAAAAAGAAAGUGGAAAAUGUCUUUUGGGCUAUGUGCUCCAGGAUGUCUUAUGAUGUUCAGUGACAAUUAGAUCUUGUGAUACAGGAGGCUAAGGACUUUAUCCCGGUGAUUAUCAAGCUACUUUUUGAACUUGUUUCUCACUGUGUAAAACAGGUGGAUUUUAUUUAAAUCAUUGGUCAAAAAGACUUGAUUUUAAAUCAUGAUAUUUUUUUAAAACGCAUAAAGAAUUUGCUUGUUAUAAUCUUUUAAAAUGUGCAACCACAUGAGGUUUGCAUAUUUAGAAUGAUCAUUUUACAGAUCUACUUAAACUGUUAUGAGAACUGCUUUUAUUAUAUGCCGUUAGAAAUAAAUUGAUAAUGAUGAUGAAAUUAUUGGUCAACAUUCUCCAGUUUUAAUAACCAUGGUAUUAAAGGAACAAUAUAGUCACCAGAACCAGUGCAGCUUAAUAUAGUGGUUCUGGUGUCUAUAGCAUGUCCCUGCAAGAUUUUCAUUGUAAACGCUGCCUUUAUCUAGUAGUUUUAAAAUUGAUCCAAGUUUAUUGGAACUAGUGACUAAUCAUAGACCGCUGUUCGGUCCACAGCUGGUCCCACCUCCCAUAGGAAAGGUUUUUUGCUUUGGUUUUUCAAUUGCAAUUUUUAAAAAUAUUUUAUUUCUUAUUUUUAUAAACGAUAUGUUUGAAAACUAUGAAUUAUUAUACUAAAGUACCAACACAUUUUUCAGCACUGUAGAGUGGGUGAUUGACAGCAAACAAAUUAAAUUCACGUAAAAGAAAAUUCCUGGCGUAAUGAAACCUUAAUGUUUGAAAUGCGUUGUAUUUGUCUUGACUUUAAAUUGUUCUUUUCAUGGCACUCCCUUAGGUCACCACUGGAACCUGGAACAGUGAAGAGAUUUACAGCUGUGAAAUCUGUGGCAAAGGCUUCCGCUUACAACGCAUGCUUAAUCGCCACCUUAAAUGUCAUAACCAAGUGAAGAGGCACCUGUGUACCUUCUGUGGCAAAGGAUUCAAUGACACUUUCGAUUUGAAGAGACACGUAAGGACUCACACAGGUGAGCUACCAACACAGAAUAGCUGUUACUUUGGUGCCCUCUGCAGGUUCAAUAAGCAUAUGCAUGUCUGCUAUUUUGUAUCCGAUUUCCCAGCUUUCAGUUCGUUUAUGAAAUCUUUCUUCCUGCUGUCACCCUUUUAUUUUUUUUAUUUUAUUUAAUUUGCAAUAGUCUCUUCCUACUAAAGUUUGGCAGAGUGAUUUGUUACAUUGUUUGUUUGCCUCCUCAUAUAUAUUUAUCUCUAUCUCAGGAUGACUGAUCCAAUUUAAACACAUGCUGGAGAGUUAUUCACCAACUCUGAAUAUUCACAAACUAAAUCAAAACUGGAAAAAUAUAGCUGAUCCAGAAAAAUUCACAACUUCCGUUUUUUGACAUUUGGAUUUAAUUAGCAAAAAUUUGUAGUUUAGUAAAUGACAGUGAUGUUCUCUUAGAAAUCUGCAACACCUUAAACCACUGGCAUUGACAGAUCCAAUUGGUCACUUUGGGUAAUAAAGCAAACAGGAUGCCCAAGCCUUGUUUUGGUUUUGUUUUUUGUUUUUUUUUGGAACAUUUAUUUAUUUUUUUAAGCCAUCCCAUCAUCCAAUUUUGUAAAUUUACAAAGAAGGUCUUGUGGAAGUUCUAUCAAUUGAAGUAUAAUUUAAUCUUUCCAUCACAGUGUAUAUAAUGAUACUAUGGUGAUAAAGGAUCUAAUGAAAAGCAAUACUAAUAUAUAGUCUCCAAAAAGGGGGGGGGGAGGGGGGACUCCAGGCUGGAAGGAAAUCCAGAAAAACUUGAGUUUCAAAAUGACAAAAGCAGUUUAACAAAAUAGUAGCACAAAAUAAAAGCAAAACUAUGGAUACCGGGACAUAAAACCCCCAAAAUAAAAACCUAGAAACACAUCCAUUUCAUGUUGGCUAGAGCACGUUUGGUGUAUCAUCUAAAGGUGACCUAGUGAUUAAUAGUAGCUUUUAAGAGGAAUAGUAAACCAUAUUCCUAUCUUGUAUUGCGAUAUGGCAAAAAAAACAAAACAAGUUAAUAUAUAAAGAAUUAUAUCUAAUAUCUAUCUCUAUCUGGUUUGAGAUUCAGUAAGUUGAAGUCAAAUGAAAGUUUGAGAAGGUCCUGUGCAGCCGCAGAUUGUAGUACAAUAGUUGUAAGGGUAUUCCAUACCCACAUCCAUGUGUGAUCGUAUUAUAAGCUUCUGGAAAACCAGGUUAUGUUAAUAAAACAAAAAAUCGAAAUUCUUUAAAAUAUUAAACCGCACAUAACAGUUUGAAUUUUACUCUAUUUAUUUUAUUUUACAGGUAUUCGUCCAUAUAAAUGUGAAAUUUGUAACAAGGCGUUUACUCAACGCUGCUCUUUGGAAUCACAUCUAAAGAAAAUUCAUGGGGUGCAGCAAGGCUACGCCUAUAAACAGAGAAGGGACAAGCUCUUUGUCUGUGAAGAUUGUGGCUACACUGGGCCCUCCCAGGAGGAUUUAUACCUGCACGUUUUUGAAAGCCACCCAAAAAGUGGAUUCCUUAACAAAACCACCAAAAAAAUGGCAGCAAUUUUACAAAACAAAAUCACGUCUACUUUGCAGGGAAGUCCCAAUGAAGAAGAUGAUGAUGAUGAUGAUGAUGAAGAUGAUGAGGAUAUGGAGUAACCACUCGUUGGACGUUUUGUACAAGUGUUUACAUGGAAAAUGAACAUUGUUGCGUAUUUUAUAAUUGUUUUAAAGAGGCACAUUCUAAUAACAAGACUCAAAAUUUCCACUAGCCAUUGGUAAAUUAAAAUAUAUCCCUGGUGAGUACAAAUUCACCUCUAGUGAGUGUGAUAUGGACCAUCCAGGCUUGCAGUGAUAAUUAACUUUUAAAGUUUGGCUUUUGGUGUAGGACUUGAAAUUUUAAGCCAUGAUAAUAGCAAAGUUAAAGUUAGUUGUUAUUACUUAUGUCUAUUUAUUUUUAUUGUUCACUUUUAUUCAGUUGAAAGUCAGAUCUGGCACAGCUUGGCAUCUGAUGCAAAUUUAAACUUUGCCACAAUUCCUUAUGCAGGAGAUUUUUUGGGGGGAAAUUAGCUAUGCUGAUUAUCCAGUUGUACUAGAGGUACUUUUGUUUCUACUUGCCUCUGCUGGACAUAAACACCCCCUUACCUUUUUAAGGUUUUUUCUAUUUGACUAUUGUUCUCUGAUUAGAAGAAUUUUAAUGUAGGAAGAUGUUUGUGCUGUACUCUAUUACUGAUUUUGCCAAAAGACAGAUUUUUGAUUUUGAGAAUACUCUGAUUUUAUGUAUGAUGAGAGAGGAUGGAUGUUUCUAAGAAUUGAACUUAGAAAAUGUACAUAGUAUGAAAUAUUAUAUAUUGGAUUUAGAGAGAAUAUAUAAGUGCCUUUUAACAAUUAUUGUAAAGAAAAAUUAUUUACUGUGGUAUUAAGUACUUAUUUGUAACAGACAAUUUUUAAUUUUUAUAUAUAGAUAUAUACAUAGAAUGGGUGCUGGUGCCUUUUUAAUAAAGAAAUGUUUACAUUUUUGAAGUCCUUUCUCAGUAUAAUGCGGUCCGUUCAAUUUAUGAUGAUUUUUAUGUCUUCUCUAAUGCUACAUUCUGAUUGGUCUGGCACAGGUUUAGAUUAGAUUAUUUUCUGGGCAUAUAGGUAAUUUUGAAGAAGCAAUGUAUAAGACACAUCAUGUUCCACUAUGACUAUAUUACAAUUUUUUUCAGAAUUAUUAAUUUUACGAAAAUAUUUUCCAAAUUUAAUACAUUUCAUGCCUAGUAGCUUCCUUCUGCUCGGCUGAGCUAAGCCCUGUAGUGCAGGGUUAGUUAAUUGACUGGGAUUAUUAGCUGAUCAAUGACAGCCAAUGAGCUAAGCCACGCACAGCCCAGCUUUCUAGUAGUGAAGGCAGGGAGCAGCACUCCAGCAGACCUCAGGUAAGAAGUCAAAUGUUUGUAAAACUUCCAAUGCAGCGAUUUUAUGAGAAUAGUUAUGACCGGAAACAUAGAAUGUGACGGCAGAUAAGAACCAUUCGGCCCAUCUAGUCUGCCCAAUUUUCUAAAUACUUUCAUUAGUCCCUAGUCUUAUCUUAUAGUUAGGAUAGCCUUAUGCCUAUCCCACGCAUGCUUAAACUCCUUUACUGUGUUAACCUCUACCACUUCAGCUGGAAGGCUAUUCCAUGCAUCCACUACCCUCUCAGUAAAGUAAUACUUCCUGAUAUUAUUUUUAAACCUUUGUCCCUCUAAUUUAAGACUAUGUCCUCUUGUUGUGGUAGUUUUUCUUCUUUUAAAUAUAGUCUCCUCCUUUACUGUGUUGAUUCCCUUUAUGUAUUUAAAUGUUUCUAUCAUAUCCCCCCUGUCUCGUCUUUCCUCCAAGCUAUACAUGUUAAGAUCCUUUAACCUUUCCUGGUAAGUUUUAUCCCGCAAUCCAUGAACCAGUUUAGUAGCCCUUCUCUGAACCCUCUCUAAGGUAUCAAUAUCCUUCUGAAGAUACGGUCUCCAGUACUGUGUACUAUACUCCAAGUGAGGUCUCACCAGUGUUCUGUACAAUGGCAUGAGCACUUCCCUCUUUCUACUGCUAAUACCUCUCCCUAUACAACCAAGCUUUCUGCUAGCAUUUCCUGCUGCUCUAAUGCUAAUUACAUUGUCUGCCUACCUUUAAGUCAUCAUAAAUAAUCACCCCUAAAUCCCUUUCCUCAUAUGUUGAGGUUAGAACUCUAUCAAAUAUUCUGUACUCUGCCCUUGGGUUUUUACGUCCAAGAUGCAUUAUCUUGCACUUAUCCACAUUAAAUGUCAGCUGCUACAAUUCUGACCAUUUUUCUAGUUUAUCUAAAUCAUUUGCCAUUUGGCUUAUCCCUCCUGGAACAUCAACCCUGUUACAUAUCUUUGUAUCAUCAGCAAAAAGACAUACCUUACCAUCAAGACCUUCUGCAAUAUCACUAAUAAAAAUAUUAAAGAGAAUGGGUCCAAGUACAGAUCCCUGAGGUACCCCACUGGUGACAAGUCCAAGCUUCGAAUAUAUUCCAUUAACUACAACCCUCUGUUGCCUGUCACUCAGCCACUGCCUUACCCAUUCAACAAUAUUGGAAUCCAAACUUAAAGAUUGCAGUUUAUUGAUAAGCCUUCUAUGUGCAACAGUGUCAAAAGCCUUACUGAAAUCUAGGUAAGCAAUGUCUACUGCACCACCCUGAUCUAUAAUUUUAGUUACCCAAUCAAAAAAAUCAAUAAGAUUAGUUUGGCAUGAUCUCCCUGAAGUAAACCCAUGUUGUCUCUGAUCUUGAAAUCCACGUGUUUUUAGAUGUUCAUCAAUCAUAUCCUUUAACAUGGUUUCCAUCACUUUCCCCACUACUGAAGUAAGGCUUACUGGCCUUUAGUUGCCCGACUCCUCCCUAUUACCUUUCUUGUAAAUGGGCACAACAUUCGCUAACUUCCAAUCUUCUGGGACUACUCCUGUUAACAAUGAUUGGUUAAAUAAAUCUGUUAAUGGUUUUGCUAGUACACCACUAAGCUCUUUUAAUAGCUUUGGGUGUAUUCCAUCAGGUCCCAUUGACUUAUUUGUCUUUACUUUUGACAGUUGAAAUAGAACCUCUUCCUCUGUAAACUCACGUGUAAUAAAUGACUCAUUUAUCCUUUUUCUCAACUGAGGUCCCUUUCCUUCAUUUUCUUCUGUAAAUACAGAACAAAAAUAUUCAUUGAGGCAGUCAGCCUGACCUUUAUCCUCUUCUACAUACCUUCCUUCUUUUGUUUUUAAUCUAACUAAUCCUUGUUUUACUUUUCUUUUCUCAUUUAUGUAUCUAAAAAAUGUUUUAUCCCCCUUUUUACUGACUGUGCUAUUUUCUCUUCUGUGUGUGAUUUGGAAGCUCUUAUAACUUGUUUAUCCUCUUUCUGCCUAAUCUUAUAGAUCAUUUUGUCUUCCUCACUCUGGUUUUUUUAUAAUUCCUAAAUGCUAACUUUUUGUUUUUAACUAUUUUGGCCACAUCUGCGGAGUACCACAGUGGUUUCUUGAAUUUUUUGCUUUUACUGACAAGCCUAAUGCAAUUUUCUGUUGCCUUCAAUAGUGCAACUUUUAAAUAAUCCCAUUUUUCUUGGACUCCAUUUAAAUUGCUCCAGUCUGAUAAUGACUCCUCUACCCAUAUUCUAAUUUUAGAAAAGUCUGUUUUUCUAAAGUCUAAAACUUUUGUUUUUGUGUGGUGUGACUCAGUCACUGUUAUAUUAAACCACACUGACUGAUGAUCACUGGAUCCUAAACUUUCACCUACAGUAACAUCUGAUACCAAAUCUCCAUUUGUUAACUCUAAAUCUAGUAUGGCCUCUUUACGAGUUGGCUCCUCAACAACUUGUUUUAGAGACAAUCCCAGUAGGGAGUUUAGAAUAUGUGUGCUCCUGGCACAAGUAGCUAAUUUUGUUUUCCAAUUUACAUCAGGAAGAUUAAAGUUGUCCAUGAUGAUAACUUCCCCCUUCAUUGUCAUUUUAGCUAUUUCCUCAACUAGUAGAUUAUCUAACUCUUCAAUUUGUCCUGGGGGCCUAUAAAUCACACCUACACGAGUUACUGUGUGAUUACCAAAUUCUAACGUAGCCCAAACGGACUCUAUGUUUGCCUCACUAACUUUUAUUAGGCUAGAUUCUAUGCUAUCCUUCACAUAAAAGGCCACCCCUCCCCCUUUCUUGCCUUCCCUAUCUUUCCUAUAUAAAGAGUACCCUGGUAUUGCUAUGUCCCAGUCAUUUUUCUCAUUGUAUCAUGUCUCAGUACCAGCAACUAAAUCUACAUUAUCAGUUGCCAUUAUUGCCACAAGUUCAUGGAUCUUAUUCCCUAAACUGCGAGCAUUUGUAGACAUGACUCUAAGCUUAUCAUUUCUUAAAGGACCACUAUAGUGCCAGGAAAACAUACUCGUUUUCUUGGCACUAUAGUGCCCUGAGGGUGCCCCCACCCUCAGGGACCCCCUCCCGCCAGUUCUGGAAGGGUUUAAAACUGCAGCUUUUUUUCCAGCUGGGGCGGGGAAUGCCUCUACUGCUCACUCAGAUCACUCCUCCUUGGGCUGAAUCGUGCAGCGACGCAAAAGGCUUCUUGGCGGCGCAUUCAACCAUCGCGAAAGCAUUUACAAUGCUUUCCUAUGGACGCUCGCGUGCUCUCACUGUGAAAAUCACAGUGAGGAGCACGCAAGCGCCUCUAGUGGCUGUCAAUGAGACAGCCACUAGAGGAUUAGGGGGAAGGCUUAACCCAUUGAUAAACAUAGCAGUUUCUCUGAAACUGCUAUGUUUAUAAAAAAAUGGGUUAACCCUAGAAGGACCUGGCACCCAGACCACUUCAUUAGCUGAAGUGGUCUGGGUGCCAAUCAAUCCUUUAACACACACUUUACUUCUGGUACCUUUACAAUACGCUUGUUUUAGGGGACAAUUAGAUUGAUGUUUUAUCACCCUUUUGCCCCCUCCUCGUUUAAAUACAUCCUAGCAAAACCUCUGAACUGCUCACUGAGAACAUUUGUUCCCUUUUGAGAAAGAUGCAAACCAUCUUUUUUGUACAGCUUAUCUCCAUUCCAAACAGAGCUACCAUGAGAAAUGAAGCCAAAUCCUUGCUCCCGACACCAUUCACCAAGCCACAAGUUAAAAUCCCUAAUACGCAUCCGCCUUUCGUUCUGAGUGUUAUGCACAGGCAGAACUUCAGAGAAUGACAGUGUGGAAGCAACCUGCCGUAUAUCAUUGGCAAAAACACUAAAAACUUUCUUAACCUCUGAAACCUCAUUUCAAGCCAAGUCAUUUGUCCCUAGAUGGACAAGUACAUCCAAUUCCCCUUCCUGCUUUGCUUGCUUAACAAUAUUACAGAUACGUAUCCUGUCUCUGUGAGCAGUAGCUCAGGGAAGACACCUCACAAGACCACCAUUGUCCAUCUCCACACCUCUUAUAAUGGAAUCCCCCAACAACAGCACAACUUCGUAGGCCUCAUCAUAGUCCUCUUAGCCAGUCUCCCUUAACACCACUAGCCUCAGUGCCUCUCUCCACAACACCACUAGCCUCAGUGCCUCUCACCACAACACCACUAGCCUCAGUGCCUCUCUCCACAACACCAGUGCCUCUCUCCACAACACCACUAGCCUCAGUGCCUCUCUCCACACAACACCACUAGCCUCAGUGCCUCUCUCCACAACACCACUAGUCUUAGUGCCUCUCUCCACAACACCACUAGCCUCAGUGCCUCUCUCCACAACACCAUUACACUCUGAAAGUGCAGAAAAUGAAUUAUGAAGAGCAACAGACUGUGCAAAAUGCCUUUUAUCCACAACUCUAAGUCUACCAGAUCCUACAGUAAUCCAUCUGCCUUUCCUAGUAUGUCUCUGCGGCAGUGGCUUUGCAGCAGUUCCAGUCUGAGUUUGUUCACCAGAUAAUUUACAAAUCUCAGACUUCAAAAAUACAAUCUCCUGCCGCAAGAUAGAGAACUGUCUACAGAUUAGACAACAACCAAACCUCCAAAAAGUGGAACGUGAAACAAAUGCAUAGCAAUUGUUAUACUGAACUAAGUCUGCCAUUCCAAUGAGGAGAAUAAUUUAAAUCAAACAAAUCUUAACUUUGUAUUUUUCCUCCUGAAUACCUCAGAUUACCUCCAGGUUAUCUCCAGAAUAUCUCCAACUACACACUUAGAAACGGCACUCUCCAGAAUAUCUCCAACUACACACUUAGAAACGGCACUCUCCAGAAUAUCUCCAACUACACACUUAGAAACGGCACUCUCCAGAAUAUCUCCAACUACACAUUUAGAAACGGCACUCUCCAGAAUAUCUCCAACUACACACUUAGAAACAGCACUUAGAAGUAGCACCAAGCUAUAUUAGCGAAGCUAAUGACAAGAAGCCUUAUAUCACUCCUAAAAUCACCACCCACUAGGAAUGUUUAACACCUGGGUAGGCCUCUGCUUAUUUGCAAACAAUAGCUAAUUAACCAGCAAUCAAUAGCAAGUAACUAGCUUAAUCAAAUCAAAUGCCUUAUAAUUACCAACAGGAAUUCAAACCUUGUGCAAUCAGUAACCUUUUCCUACAGAUGAAUCUUACCUGUAACAGUAGAAAAGAAAGCUCUUAGCACAACUCUUAGACAGUUGAAGCUUCUGUAAAACUCUCCAGAAUAUCUCCAACUACACACUUAGAAACAGCACUUAGAAGUAGCACCAAGCUAUCAAACAGAUCAACCCGGGGACAACUGGUAUAAUGUUUGACAUGUUUCAAACUGGAGGGUUCUCUUUCAGUUUCUCAACCUGUGACGUUAACAAGAGACAAUGAGAAAUAGGUGGCUUGACCAUUUUUAAUUUCCUUUAUUUGAGAGAUUACCUUGAUUUUAUGUUGAAACUUUUUUUCGAUUUUAUUUACUCAGUUCCUAAAUCUUUGUCCUCAAACUCCCUCCUCUGGCAUCAGAAGAUGUCCAAAGACUAGGGGCAAAUACUUUCUUUUCCGAAUCCCCCACCCUGUAAAACAAUUACCCAAGAGAAAGUGUUGUUUGCUGUAAGAAAGGAGUCCGAAAGUACUCAAGCAAUUACUAGCCUUCCAGCACAUCUCUAACUGCCCUCUGCAUAACAGACUGUUUCAGAGUCUACCAUACAGAGCUGAACUACUGGAUCACUCUGUAUUGGACUCUGCCAGUUUAUUUGAUGAUUAUGGCUUGUCCAGAUUACACUUUGUUAGCUACCUGUACCAACUUAUUGACUUGUUAUACUGACAACUUUGAUUUCUGGAUUCUUAGCCUGUCUCUUUUUAUGUUAAAGGACCACUAUAGUGCCAGGAAAACAAACUCGUUUUCCUGGCACUAUAGUGCCCUGAGGGUGCCCCCACCCUCAUGACCCCCCCCUCCCGCCGGGCUGAAGUUGGAGGAAGGGGUUAAAUUCUUACCUUUCUCCAGCGCUGGGGACUCUCCUCCCUCUUUGGCUGAAUGCGCAGCAAGAGCCGCACACGCAUUCAGUCAGUCCAUAGGAAAGCAUUCUCAAUGCUUUCCUAUGGACGCUGGCGUCUUCUCACUGUGAGAAGCACAGAAGCGCCUCUGGCAGCGGUCAAUGAGACAGCCACUAGAGGCUGGAUUAACUCCUAUGUAAACAUAGCAGUUUCUCUGAAACUGGUAUGUUUUUAGCAGGCAGGGUUAACCCUAGAUGGACCAGGCAGCCAGACCACUUCAUUAAGCUGAAGUGGUCUGGGUGCCUAUAGUGGUCCUUUAAGCCCAGUCAUUACGAAGUGGCUACAUCAAACAACUCAAAAUACUACACUUAGAAUGUUUUAAAAUUGUAUGCCAUCAUGUGGACAAUUUUCUUUGUUAGGGUGCCAUAUUGUCUCAAAGGUGAGACAGGCCCAGAAAGUCACUGUCAAAUUUACAAGCUGAAAAGGGCAUCUAAUAUAUUUGACCCUUUACCAACAAAAUGUACUUGGGAGUACUGUUAUCUGUGAGGCAAUGUGAAAUAAAAAUUGCCAAGAUUUUAAUGCACUCUCAUAUAUCGGGAUUAUGGCAUUUCCUGUGAAAACUGAAUUAAUUUGGGUGAAAAAACACACACACACACAUUUGAUAAAGUUGCUAGACCAAAAUCUCAAAAUAUGCUAUUUGGAAUACCCUUUUGAAAAUGGUAUGCUAUAAUGGUGAAAAAGUUACCACCCAGGCUGCUAUACUCUCAAAUGUGACAUUGGCCCAGAAAAUCACUUUAUAACAUUUCAGCAGAGGCGGACUGACCGGUCGGGCACUUUGGACAUGAUCCGCGGGCCCGGCCCACCGGGACUAAGCAAAUAGGUUCCACCGGGUGGGCGGUCCGGUGGCACACUCUGAGGGGGCCGGCCGCGUUCCACGCUGGAGCUGCUGGGCCGGGUGGCCGCCUCGCCGGUCCGGCGGCACUCCUUUCCUGUCACUUGCGCUGAGGACUGAAGGAGGGAGGAGCAUGUCUCUCUCUCAUGCUCCUUUGCGGUUCCCACAAUUCCCAGCACAGGAUGUGGGAACCGCAAAGGACCAUGUGAGAGAGACAUGCUCCUCCCUCCUUCUGUCCUCAGCAUUAGUGACAGGACAGGAGUGCCGCCGGACCGAAGAGGCUGCCAUCCGGCUCGGCGGCUCCAGCGUGGAACGUGGCCGGCCCCCUCUGACUUCUGUCGGUAAAUGGGAGGAGGAAAAAUAAAACAGAGAGGGGGAAGAGGGAAGAAAGAGACAGUGGGAGAAUAGAGAGAGACGGGAGGAGGGAGAAAGAGACAGAGGGGGGAGAAUGAGAAAGGAGAAGGAGGGGGGAAUAGGAGAGAUGGGGAGAAGGGAGGGGAAUAGAGAGAUGGGGAGAAGAAGGGGAAUAGAGAGAUGGGGGGAGAAGGGGGAAUAGAGAGAUGGGGGGAGGAGGGGGAAAGAAACAGUGGAAGAUAGAGAAAGGAGAGAGACACACAAGGGGAGGGGGAGAAAGAGGCAGAGGGGUAAGAGAGACUGGGAAGGAGAGGGGAGACAUGGACACAGGAGCAGUGAGGGGGAGAAAGAAACAUACAGAGGGACUGGGGGGAGACAAAAAGGCACACAGAAGGGCUGUAUAUAUCACUGGUGGAUCCAGGGGGGCAACGGGCCAAUUGCCCUUCUCCUUUGUCUGCAGGCACCGUGCGGGCAGCCGGCAGGGGAGGGAGAAAGAGAGGACCAGGGAGCUCAGCCUGCAGCUCCUCUGGGUCCUUCUUGCGCGAGCACAGAGCGUUGUCGCGGUUACCACAGCAACGUUACGGUUCUUGCGAGAGUCAACUCUAGCCCUGGAGAUAUGGGCUAGAGUUCAUUCUCAACACUGUGACCACCAGGGAUUCCUGGUGGUCGCAGUGGUGAGAGUGAACUCUAGCCCCAUAAACACACUGCCCCCCCCACACACACACACACCAUACACAUUUACACAUUGCCUCACACAUACCCCCAUACACAGCCCCCCAUACUAACAUUGCCACACACAUACCCAGCCCCCUCAUACACACAUUGCCCCACACACCCUACACAUUCACACACUACACCCCCUCACACACACUGAACCUUUCACACACACUGCACCCCUCACACAUUGUACCACUGCUCCUAUACCCUACUACUGCCCCAUAUCCCAGCAGACCCCAGGUAAGUUGUCAAACUGUUCUUAAACGGUUUGACUACUUACUUUGGGAGGGGGGCCCGGCCCUCCUGGCACCAUAACCACUACACAGAGCAGUAGUGUUUAUUGUGCAUGGAUUAUUUCUUUAAAUAAUCUACAAGUCCUGGAAUGAUUAGAGGAGCUUUAUGACGUGUGCACGUGCUGACGCUUAUGCUCGCGCGCUGUGAUGACAGAAGAGGAGGGGGACCCGCCAAGAUCUAGUGUGAACAAAGUCUUUGCGGGCUUUUUCCCACUAGCAGACCUCGCUUUGCCAGGAAGGACCCGUUCGUGGUGUGCCGGAACCCCGCAUCGAAAAGUGAUUGCCUUACUUUGCUGUGUACUGCGAGUGUCUUGCUGCCGGCUCUGGUCCGGUCCGGUCAGCCUCUCGUGCUGCUGCAGUUACAGCUAGUUGGGUCAAUGUGUCCACCAUGACGGUUUUUGGCCACCACUGUUGCUGUUGAGGAACUGGGCUGAAGAUAGCUGUGGACAGAUAAUUUAUAUAUAUUAUAUAUCGGCCCAGGCUAUUAUAGCCUUACUAUUUAAUUAUUUGAGUGUGCCUUGUUUCUGGCUUUCUCUUUGUAAUUGUUAACCUAUAUACACUUGCUAGCCGUUUUGAGGUCACUGAAUGCAUUUUAAAGUCAUUUAACCAUUUGGGCUUGAUAACUAUGGCCAUGAAAGUCAUAUGAAACAAAAUCCUCUACGAGGAAAGAUAAAAAAGACUCCUUACAAGAAAAAGCACAAGAUAAGACACAGGAUAAGUCUUUAACUACAUAUUUUUCUCCUCAGCAGCACAAGACUCUAAAGCAUAGGAUGACUGAUAUGGAUCUCAGUUCAGAGAGUACGGAGUCAGAAGGUAUAAAAAAAUCCUGACAAGGAAUUGAUUACUGUUUCUCUGUUACAUACUAGUCUAAAGGCCAAUUUAGAAAAGAUAAAAUCUGAACUGGCUGUAAUGGCUACAGAAAUAAAAUCAGAUUUAAAAAAGGAAAUAAAUAUCUUGGCAGCAAAAUUGGAUGGUUUUGAGGUUAAACUAAAAGAUAUGGACCUCCAAGUAAAUCACCUGAGCGAUGAUUACCAGUCGGCACUCCGAAAAAUCUUGGACCUCGAAUUUAAAGUGAAUGAUUUGGAAGAUCGACCGAGGCGGAAAAAUCUACGUUUUAGAAAUCUGCCGGAGAAGGGAACUCAGGACAAUGUCAAACAAAUUGUGAUAGAAUAUAUAUCCGCCUUGGGGAUUACAUAUAAUCCUUCAGAACAACUAAUUGAAAGGUGUCAUAGACUAUUCAAACCGAAAUCACUUCAGAAUGAUUUACCUCGAGAUAUUAUGGUUUGUUUUUUUGCAUUUGAUUUCAAGGAAUCGAUUUUAAAAGCUGCCAGAUUAAAUCCGGUGUCUUCGGGCCCUUUCCAGAAUGUCAAGGUGUUCCAGGACUUAUCAUUUGAAACCAGAUCUCAACAUAAAAAGUUUAGCUCCGCCACCCAAAUUUUACAAACUCAAAAUAUAAGAUAUAGGUGGCUUUUUCCUUCUAAAUUAAGCUUGACACAUGAGGGCAAAAGAUAAAUGUUUGAUUCAAAUGUGAAAUUAACGGAAUGGCUGAAAAGAAACAUAUUUUUGGUGUAGAUAUUUAAAUUGAUUUUAUAUAUAUAUAUAUAUAUAUAUAUAUAUAAAAAAAAUGUUUUCAUUAAUUUAGCAAAUUAUGCUGAAUUAAUAUUAUAUAAUUUUUUGAUGUAUUGUAGGGAAAAGCCAAACAAAUCAUAAUACAUAGUGCACAACGUUAAGUUUAAGUUCACUAGAACGAUUAGAGAAUGCACUAUAAGGAAAAAUUCCUACAUUUGCUUAAUAGCGAAGUAAUUGAUGUGAUAUAUGUCGGAAGAUCUAGAUUUACUUUCUAUAUAUGUUUAAUUUUAUUGUUUUAUAAGAGAUGAUCACUAGUUUUUAUUUGAGAUGAUGUUUAAGAUACACUAAUAAGAUAAAUUAUGUUGAGGCAAUUAUCUAUAAAAUUUGGUGUAUUACAGGGACAUGUAAAACAAUGAAGUAACUAAUUUUUGAGUGUUUGAUAGGGCACAACGACAUAGAUAAUUAGAAAUUAUGGAGAUUGCACUAUAAGGAAAAUUUACCACAUUUCAAUACUAGUGAAGUUACUGAUGGGUCACACAGAUUAUUUUUUUUAAGACAUGUUUUACAAGUUUUGGUUGAACAGCUGUAAUGUGAAUAAGGCACGGUUAUAGUAAUAGAAGUAUGACAAUAAUGGGUAAAAUAACUGUAACAAAGGAAAAUGUCACAGUAUUAUAGUACAUAUUAUAUAAUUUUCUUUUAUUUAUUUUUUUUUCCCUUAGAUUCAGCGGCCAUUUGUGCUAUCAGGUAUUCUUAUGUAA